AUGCUCGGCCUGACCACUCAGGCCGGUGGCAUGGCGGCGCUGUUCAUCAUUGGAACGGUGAUGGUGAUCCUUGUCCGCCGGAGAUGGAGGCAAUCGGCUUCGAAGAACCGAAACCAGAACAACGCCAUGGAGGUCGACUCGGCACCCGUAGAGCCCUUCGUGUCGCCUGCCGCCGAGGCGAGCGUCGGCGACAGUGGCAUUCCCUCGAUAUCCGAGGCGCGUGCCACAACGUUCGCUCCAGCCCCUCCUCCCAAUGUCCACGCCAAUGACUCUACCUCAUGGGAUGCGCAGCCUCCUCCCCGUGUCACUCUAAAUCACAGUCACCAGAGCGACCACAUCCGUUACCACCCCCCCGCUGCCCCACCCACCGAGGCUGAACCUCCCUCGUACGAUCCGGGUUGGCGUGGUGGCCUCGACUCUGCCACAGGUAGUGAUGUGGAAGCGAGUGUAAGCGCAGGUGUAGCCGCGCGUGGAGGAUCAGGUACAAGCCCCACUGAGGCCACUGAGAAAAGAGCGCCUCAGGAGACCUCUUCACGUGGUGGCGCCUCCACUGGUAAAGGUACUUACCCCUCCGAGAAGCAGUAG